AUGCCUGGAAAGUGUGUGCACAAGGGCUGCGGCAAGACAUUCGCCGACGAUAACGAAGAGUGCGUCUAUCAUCCUGGUCCACCCGUCUUCCAUGAGGGUCAGAAAGGAUGGAAAUGCUGCAAGCCCCGUGUCUUGACCUUUGACGAGUUCAUGACCAUCCCACCAUGCACGACCGGCAAGCACAGCACCGUCGACGACACACCCGCCGAAGAACCCAAGACCGCUCCAGCCGAUGCACCUACCCUCCAAACUCCCUCCGAGCCGGCAGCACCAAACCCCGGUCGCGCUCCCACAGCACAAGCAGCCGCCCCACAACCACCAUCCUCACCUGCGCCCCCAGAGGACGAAGACGAUGAUCCGAACACGCCCGUUCCUGAAAAUGCGACUUGCAAACGUAAAGCUUGCGGUGUGACCCACAAAGGCUCUCCUCGCAGCGAUGACGAGAACUGCCAACACCACCCUGGCGCCCCAAUCUUCCACGAAGGCAGCAAAGGCUGGUCAUGCUGUAAGCGUCGCGUGCUAGAAUUCGACGAGUUCCUGCGAAUCCCCGGCUGCAAGACCAAGUCCCGUCAUCUGUUCGUGGGAGCAAAGAAAGAUGACGGAGAGGAGAAGUUGGAGAGUGUGAGACAUGAUUUCUACCAGACUCCGGAUAAAGUCAUGGCCAGCUUGUACCUGAAGAAGAUUGACAAGACUUUGUCGAAGAUCGAAUUCCAGGACAAGUCUGUGGACUUGGACUUGAGAACGAGCGACCGUAAGAGGUUCCAGCAGGUUGUGCCGCUGUUUGGUGCUAUCGACAAGGAGAAGAGCGAGUUUAGCAUCAUGGGCACCAAGCUGGAGUUGAGACUGGCCAAGGCAGAUGGUGCUUCAUGGCCUGUAUUGCGUGGCGAUGAGAGACACACUGGCGAGAUCAUCCAGAUGGGCCGUGCUGGCAGAGCAUAGAGGAUGGUCCGUUACAGCAUUUGGACAGAACAUGGCACUUUGGAAGCAAAAACAUAACAUUAUUGGAAGCAAUGCAAGCUUAUAAUUGAACCCCAUAGCAGAUUGGAAGCAAUGUGCCACAGAAUCGAUGAUGCAGAAAGUGACGAAGUCCUCCCUAACCUAGAAGUGAUGCCUUUGUAGGAGAGCAGCGACAGAGGAAACGAUCAAGGCAAUCAUGCCUCUUUCCUCCUGUCCUUCUUCAGGUAGGCAACCCAUGCAGCGAACAGCUCCAACUGAGCCAUCUGUCCGACCGCACCAUCCUACUGCACAGGCGCGACGGGUGCCUCGAACAUAUCAUCGAUGCCGUCCUUGCUCUCGUCACCCUCCUCAGAGUCCUCCUCCUCCAACUCCUCAUCUUCCUCCUCAAAGCCCGUCUCCAGACCUCCCUUUCUGAGUCUAUCCUUCAUCUCCUCUCUCUU